UUUAAAUAAUAAUUUUUAACAGUUUAUCAAAUACUAGGUAUAAUGUAUAAUGGGUUGCCGCGGACCCGGGAACCGGUGUUUAAAUUCAAACGUCGCGUUCCCGCCGCGCCAGGUAUACGAACCACCAGCUGACGGCAAGACGACACCAGCGCACCGGCCGGCUACGGCUACGGCAACGCUGGAACUGUGCAACCGGCUCGUCAUGGCGGAUCCUCUGUCUCUUACCUGUCGUGGCAACGCGUGUAUUGCUCGUCCGCACAUAAACGCGACACACAGCCGGUCGCCGCAAGUCAACGACAUUUCCCUUAAUAACAAUCGUAAUAAUAACUGUUUGUUCCUUUGUAGUACAUAUUUUUCGUUGCUCAACGCGCCACAAUAAAAUACCAUACUCGGCGCAUCGUCUUGUUCUUAUUUAAAAGUGUGGUGUCACUGGGCUCGGCACAGACACCCGCCAACACCCGUCAACACCGGAAACACGCGAAAACGGAUACACAACCCGACCGUGUUGAAUUGGCACCCCGUAAAGGAAUCACUGUACAAACAAUACCACACACAACCGCGAUGUCGGACCACCAACAGCCCACGCCGGCAGACCCGAUCCAGCUGGUAGCAGAACUACUGGAGAUGAGGAGAAGGAACCAACAGACUACAAGGGCGGACCCCGGGAUAAAAGCGGCCAGGAUACGAAACAUGCCACUCAAUCAACUACAGCGGGACCCGGAACUGUGGACGGCUUACAUACGGGGAUGGGAGGAUAAGACGGCGGACAAGCACAGAAGCCUCUUGCUAACGCAAUCAUCUGCAUACCAACAACCAUCACCGCCGACUACGCCACACAACACCACGAUAACAACAACCAACACCACGUUGACAGGGCCGCAACCGGCACCGACGGCAUCGGGACUGACAGCGCAGGAACGGAAGAUAGCGAGGAUUCGUUUGGCGCAAAUAGCUCGGGAAGAGGCGAAGGCGAAAGCCAGCGAGCAACGUGGGUCACCCAUUACUCCCCAACCGCUGACAACAUUCCGGGACGACAGGGCCGUGGACGGACAUUCACCAGCCGGUUCAGCCACCACGGGACACGCAACGACAUCAGCGCACCGGCCGGAUACUGUUUACUUAGGCGGACGAAGUUAUAAUAAUAUCAAAAUAUAUUCUCGGCGACUUCUUGAAAGCUAAAUUUGCAUUUGGAAGCGGCCAUAAGAUACAGGACGAAAAAAUAUAGAUACUACAAUUUUAUUCCACAGAUUAACCUACACAGUUUGAAAAUUUUCAUGUAAUUGCUUGAACGAAUAACGUUUUUUUUUUUUUAUGUGCAUCUAAA